UCCUCUCACCAAGAAGAAAAUGAAGAACAAGACAAGUUUUCCUCCACAAGAAGGGGAGACACAUCCUUCCAGGUGUCCAGAUAACAGUGCAUUCGAACAACAGAAGCUACCAGCUUGGAAGCCCCAUCUUACCCUUGCAACUGUGCUCUCCACCUUCUUCCUCACCGGCGCAUUCUGCCUUUCUGUGGGAGUCUGUCUCAUCCUAUCUGCAAAUAGUGUCAGAGAAAUCCAGAUUGAUUAUUCAGAGAAGUGCUCAGAUUGUUCAAAACUCCGUGAAAAUACCUCUAAUUGGAAUAAGGAAUGCCACUGUUUUGUUAAUUUCACGCUAAAAGAAGAUAUAUUGGGUGAUGUUUUUAUGUACUAUGGCCUGAAAAACUUCUAUCAAAAUCACCGUCGGUAUGUGGUAUCAAGGAGUGAUGCACAACUGUUGGGUCGAAAUGUAAAUAUCCAGAAGAGCUCCUGUGCACCCUUCACUACAUACCAAAAUGGGACACCCAUGGCUCCAUGCGGUGCUAUUGCCAACAGCAUGUUCAAUGAUACUAUUGAUCUUUUUUACAAUAUUAACUCAUCUGUUAUACAAGUACCACUACUGAAGACUGGAAACAGUUGGUGGACAGAUAAAAAUGUGAAAUUUCACAAUCCAAAAUCAUACAAUGUGUCUUCUGCAUUUGCAGAGACAGCAAGACCUCCUUACUGGCAGAAACCAGUGUAUUUGUUAGACGAAGAAGAUGAAAAGAACAAUGGUUAUGUAAAUGAUGACUUCAUUAUCUGGAUGAGAGUUUCAGCCUUUGCCACAUUCAGAAAUCUUUACCGUCGUGUCAGUAGGGUACGGCAGUUUGCAGAUGGCCUUCCAGCAGGGAAUUACACUUUUCAUAUUUCCUAUAAUUUCCCUGUUAGCAAAUUCAAGGGGAGGAAGCAUGUGAUUCUUUCAACCGUGGUUUGGAGUGGAGGAAGUAACCCAUUUCUGGGAAUUGCCUAUGUGGUUUCUGGCACAGUAGCAGCCCUGACAGGUUUUGUCAUAACUGCCAUCCACUUAAAGCUCAGAAAAAAGAAAACAUACUUUCAGAAGGAGUAAGGUUUCCUGGCUUUCUGAACAAAGGCAAAGGUGUGCUGUGAACAAAGAACAUGCAGCACACACCUUCUGUUUUUUUCCCUCAAGCUCUAGAUCUGUUUUAGUGACGGAUUUGGUAAAUAUAAGUAAAUUGAGGGGGAAUGCUUAUUACAUCAUACAAAACCAAACUUACCUGAAACUGCAUUCUUAUUAAUGCAUGUGUGCUCCUAAACUUGUUUCAUAGGAAAUUUGUAGUGAGAUGAGCUUCAAACAACAGAUAGCAUUGUGGGUUAGAAUUGCAGUGUCAGAAAAAUUAUGUGGUACUAAUGUCUGGCCAGAAGUAAGGGUCCAUAUUCUUAUUCAGCCCUCAUGUCAAUCAGUAUUUCUUUGUACUUAAAUUGAGCUUUGGAUGGGUAAAAAGUGAGAUCUUGAUCCAGCAAAAAUCUUGAGCAGGCAAAACUUGGUACUAAAAUCAGUUUGUGGGCCAGAUAUGAAGGCUGAAUAGCAUAACUCGGGGGCUUGAUAUAACUUUUUUACAGAUCUCCUGAACAAGCAACCAGUUUAGCACAACAUGUUCAUCAGUGUUUGAUACUCAGUUUAUGAUUUAAUAGAGGAUAUUUUUUUACGAGUCUGGAGUUUGUUUAAACCCAGUCUGCUGCUUUUUUCUCGAUAUUGAGACUAAUCUGCAAAGCUAGAGGGCAUCAAAACACUGAUUUACAGUUUUUAAGUUAGUUUUUAGUAGAAAGCUGAAAUUUAAAAUUCCCUUUAAUGCUAAAUUUUUUAGCAGAAACAUCUACCUAAUAGAACUUUUAGGCCACAAUUGCAUUCCUACCUACUCUACCUUUCCACACAAAAGUUCACAGGCUCUUACCUGACAUAAAAUGUCGCUUCAACUUUCAAAGCCCCCAUUUCAUGAUGUGGUGACUUAGUGUCAAGAGCAAUGAUCAGAAAAUCUAACUUCAUUUUCAGAAAAUAAACACUGUAGUGCAUGAAUAGACUUAUCAAUUUUCGUGCUCCAUGUUCAAAAUUUUACAAAUUUAUGAGUUUUUUAUAGUUCCUCACAAAAUGUAGGAACAGCAUUGAAAAAUUUAGGUCAAGUAUACUGUGGUACAUCUGAAUAUUUUAAAAUAAUGUUUCUGCUUUGAAAGUGUAAAUGGAAUAAAACACUUUAAAU